AUGGACACCAAGGCAUAUGCCCAAUGGGUGAUCAUCGUCCUUCACAACGUCGGUGCGAAGCCUUUCAAGGUCAAGAACCUGAACGCGUCCUGGGGAAAGCUCUAUGCCGACGGUGACAAGGACACAGAAAUCAGUGCAAGCAACUACAAUGGCAAGACCGUCGGACCGGACGACAAGCUCCAGAUCAACGCCUGUGGCAGGGAGCACGCUGCCGAGGGCACCACUGGGUCCUUUGACCUCGUCGACCCGAUAGAUAGUGACAAGAUCAUCCGACACUUCUACUGGGACUGCCCCUGGGGCAGUAAGCGAAACACCUGGACCGUCAGUGGAUCCAACAGCAAGUGGAUGAUCGAGCAUCAGGGCGCGAACUUGGACAGCGGUGCGCUCGGCACCAUCACGGUCGAUGUCCUAGGCAAGGGCAGUUAG